CCCUAAUCCACAGACCACCCGUCCGCAUCACGAACACUCUGUUCCCCCGUCUUCUCGAACGGUCCCAAACCCUAGGCGCGUCGUGAGCCCAUGUCGGGGUCUUACGGAUCCGACGACUACCGCGGCGGCGGCGGCGGCGGAUACGGCGGCCGAGGUGGCGGUGGAGGCUACGGCGGUGGGGGCGGUAGAGGUGGAGGCGGCGGCGGCGGCGGCUUCGGUGGCGGAGGGCGUGGUGGUGGAGGAGGAGGAGGAUAUGGAGGUGGCGGUGGAGGCUACGGCGGUGGGGGAGGUAGAGGUGGAGGCGGAGGCGGCGGCUUUGGCGGCGGAGGCCGAGGUGGAGGUGGAGGUGGCCGAGGCGGUGGCGGCCGCGGGGGAGGACGCGAGGGCGAUUGGGUUUGCCCUGAUGCGAGUUGUGGCAAUGUGAACUUUGCGAGGAGGACUGAGUGCAAUAAGUGUGGAGCACCUUGCCCAAGUGGAGGUGGAGGUGGAGGCGGCGGCGGCGGUGGUGGUUACAAUAAAUCUGGUGGAGGUGGUGGGAGCUACAACCGUGGUGGUGGUGAUUACGGUUCUGGAGGAGGUGGUUUUGACAGAGAUGGUGGUGGUGGUGGGAGAGGAGGAUACAACCGAAGUGGUGGUAGUGACCGUGGUUUUGAUGACCGUGGUGGCAGAGGUGGCAGUUAUGGGGGACGAGAUCAGGAAAACCAAAGGGGCAGUGAAGGUGGCUAUGGACAAGCUCCUCCACAAGGGCCUCCUUCCUAUGGUGGGCCUGCUGGUGACUACGUGGCGCCUCCGAGCUCCUAUGGAGGCAACAAUGCCUAUGGUUCAGAUUCUGCAGUGCCACCUCCUAAUAGCUAUAGUGGUGGCCCAGGCUCAUACCCACCAAGCUAUGGUGCCCCUGCUCCAAACCAAUAUGGCGGUGGUGCCCCAGGAGGGCAAGGUGGUCUACCUCCUACAUAUGAUGGUGGCUAUGGUGGUCGGCCCAUGCCUGGGGGUGGAGGUUCUGGGGGUGCACCGCCACCUUAUCAUGGUGGUGGCGGCGGCGGAGGCGGUGUUAUACUGGUAGUGCUGCUCCUGAGCCAGCUGCAAAGGAUUUACAUCUCAAACUUGCCUCCAGAUGUCACUGUUGAAGAAUUACAGGAGCUAUUUGGAGGAAUCGGCCAGGUUGGAAGGAUCAAGCAAAAACGUGGCUAUAAAGAUCAGUGGCCCUGGAACAUAAAAAUCUAUACUGAUGACUCUGGAAAAGCAAAAGGAGAUGCUUGCCUUGCUUAUGAAGAUCCUUCUGCUGCUCAUUCAGCUGGUGGAUUCUACAACAAUUAUGACAUGAGAGGCUAUAAAAUCAGUGUUGUGAUGGCUGAGAAAUCAGCACCCAGAGCACCCUCUUAUGGUCAUGGUGGUGGCCGUGGUGGUGGCUAUGGUGGCGGUCGCAGGGACAAUUACAGAGAUGGGGGUGGACAUGGACCCAAUAGAAACCAGGGUGGUGGUUCGCGUUCACGACCAUACUGAAAACAGCAAAUGUUAUUACUAUGAUUGUCUUCUGUGAGAAACCAUUUCUAUUCCUGUCCUAUGGACUUGUACUCUCAUACAGGCGCAUAAGGUAGGUUGUCAGCUUUCAUUAUUAGACUUAUGUUAAAUUGUCAUACACCAGUCUUGGUCGGAUGUUUGUUUGUCCAAAAGUGAUUGAUCUAUGUUAUAUGAAUUUUUGCAUAGAGGCAGAUGGAUAUAAGCUCCAAAUGCUGGUAGGUUUGAGAUGUUA